AUGUCUCUGCGUCCGUCUACUGCUCCUCUGCGUGCCCCUUUUCCUUCCCCUCCUGAAUCCUCUCUUCCUGCACUUGCCGGCCCUGAGUCGGACUCUCUUCGUGCUGCCAGUCCUACUCUCACGCGUCUCCUUGCUACUAUUGUCACUGACCCUUCUUUCGAGUCUACUGCUGCAUCUGCUCUCGUUACUGAGCUCGUCAACUUUGCUGCUCGCUGUCGCUUAGACUACGCUGCUAGUCUUGUCGCUGAGUCAGAAUCUGUCUGUCCUCCGUCCGUCGGGGACCCGGAUGCACUUGACAUCCCGACUCCGCGCUCUUACGCGGAGGCGAUAGAGGGUCCCUACUCCUCUCAGUGGCAGGCAGCUAUGGAUGCAAAGAUGGCUUCCUGGAAGUCCACAUGCACCUACGUUGACGCUGUCCCCCCUCCUGGGGCGAACAUCGUCAGUGGCAUGUGGAUCUUCAGGGUGAAGCGGCCGCCGGGUUCUCCGCCUGUCUUCAAGGCGCGUUACGUGGCUCGUGGCUUCAGUCAGCGGCAGGGAGUUGACUACUUUCAAACACUCUCCCCCACCCCGAAGAUGACCACUCUUCAAGUACUGCUGCACAUUAAUGCUCACCGUGACUACGAGCUCCACUCUCUCGAAUUCAGCACAGCUUUCUUGCAGGGCAGCCUGCACGAGGAGAUCUGGCUGCGUCGCCCACCUGGCUUCACUGGGUCUUUCCCUCCUGGUACCCAAUGGAGUCUCCGGCGUCCAGUCUACGGUCUCCGCCAGGCGCCACGUGAGUGGCACAACACACUGAGGACUAUGCUUGCGGCACUUGGGUUUUCUCCUUCUACUGCCGACCCGUCGCUGUUUCUGCGCACCGACACCUCUCUGCCGCCGUUCUACAUCCUCGUGUCAUCGACGACUUGGUCUUAG